AUGGAGUUUCGUCCGGUCCCUCUGCGCGUGAUGCUCAAACGCCGCUUUGUCCAGCUGCUGUUGCUCCUUUUCGUGCUGUGGUUCUUCAUGUGCAAAUUGACUCACUACGGUGUGUUGGUACGUCCAUCUGCUCGGUAUUCAGGCUUCAGGGGGCUGGAUUGGUGGCAUCAACUGACGCUGGUCCUGCAGUCCGGCCGCUACCUUGGUCUCUCGGCCUGCGCCAACGUCGAAUUUGGCUACAAUCCAUCCACUGCGUCCAUUCCAGCUUUUGAACCGCCAGAAAACUCAACCUAUCGAGCACCAGACACUAUCGAUACCUUUCAAAACUACGCCUGGCGAAACCACAGUGAAUGCCAAAUUUCCUCCCUGGACUUACACUCUGCCUUUUCCCCCUUGUGUGUUUCGCGAGGGGACUUCCUCCGAGCCUUCUCUGGAGGCGGACGGAUUGGGUUUGAUCGCCCUUUCAUUCCGCUCGGGUGCGACAUGCGCUGGUUCACGACAGAAGAGAUCUGCGAGAUUUUCUCACGGUUCGAAAAAGUCAUCGUCGUGGGGGAUAGUAUGAUGAGACAUGUUGUGGGUGCGUUGAAUGUGCUUCUACGCAAAGAUCUCGGAUACGGAGCGGUGACGAACUGGAAUUUUGAUGAUCAAGAACUGCGCGACUGCUUCUGCAACCAUCAGAUGGACGUCAAAUCCUGCUCGGUUCAAGGCAUCUUCUCGACCUCGUCAGUCCUGGAACACGACCCGACAAGCCUGGCCUGUCCGAGCGAAAACCCCAUCGACCUCGUCAUAGAGAUGAUGCUCCGCUUCCCGCUCGACAACGAGGAAGUCAAUCGCUACAAGGACCUACUCUCCCCGACCAAACCCGCCAAACCCUACGCCUUCAUCUUCGGCCACGGCCUGUGGAAUGACCUCGAUCUCCGCGCCACCUUAAACUGGCUAGACGGCAUCCUGGAACACACGCUCUCGCAAGCCCCUUACCUAGCCGCAGUAAACAAGAGACACGCUCACUCCAUCUGGCCGCGACUGUUCAUCACGCCCAACGCCGCAGGCGUCCGGAAACCCGACGAGUGGCUCGUCAGCCAGGGCGACAAGGCGCUCAUGAUCUUUGAGGAGAGCGUACGCGUCGAAGCAUCCAAAAGAGGCGUGGAGAGUAUGGGCACCUGGAACAUGAGCGUGCAGGCAUCCAAAUAUGACGGCGUCCAUCUGGACCUAAAGGGCAAUCUGGUCAAGGCUAUGGGGGUCGUCAAUUGGUUGAAUCUGGUGGAUGUGGACGCGUGGUGA